UGGGCGGAGCGGGCAGGCGGCGGGUCCUGGCGGCGGCGCGCCAUGGCUAAGACCGUGGCCUAUUUCUAUGACCCGGACGUGGGCAACUUCCAUUACGGGGCAGGACAUCCCAUGAAGCCUCAUCGCUUGGCACUGACCCACAGUCUGGUGCUUCACUAUGGGCUCUACAAGAAGAUGAGCGUUUUUAAACCAUACCAGGCAUCCCAGCAUGAUAUGUGUCGCUUCCACUCGGAGGAUUAUAUAGACUUCCUGCAGAGGGUGAGUCCCAACAACAUGCAAGGAUUCACCAAGAGCCUCAAUGCCUUCAAUGUGGGUGAUGACUGCCCAGUAUUCCCAGGCCUUUUCGAAUUUUGCUCUCGCUAUACUGGGGCCUCACUGCAGGGAGCAACGCAACUGAACAACAAGAUCUGUGAUAUUGCAAUAAACUGGGCUGGAGGCCUGCAUCAUGCCAAGAAGUUUGAGGCUUCUGGGUUUUGUUACGUCAAUGACAUAGUUAUCGGCAUUCUGGAGCUGCUCAAGUAUCACCCACGUGUUCUCUACAUUGACAUUGAUAUUCAUCACGGAGAUGGUGUUCAGGAGGCCUUUUACUUGACAGACCGUGUCAUGACAGUAUCUUUUCACAAAUAUGGGAACUACUUCUUCCCUGGUACAGGUGACAUGUACGAGGUUGGGGCAGAGAGUGGCCGCUAUUACUGCCUCAAUGUGCCACUGCGGGAUGGCAUUGAUGACCAAAGUUAUAAACACCUCUUCCAGCCAGUCAUUAACCAGGUGGUGGACUACUACCAGCCUACAUGCAUAGUGCUGCAGUGCGGUGCUGACUCCCUGGGUUGUGACCGUCUGGGUUGCUUUAACCUCAGUAUAAGAGGACAUGGGGAGUGUGUGGAGUACGUAAAGAGUUUCAACAUCCCCCUUCUGGUGCUGGGAGGAGGUGGCUAUACUGUUCGUAAUGUGGCACGAUGCUGGACCUAUGAAACGUCGCUGCUUGUGGAUGAAGCAAUUAGUGAGGAACUCCCAUACAGUGAAUACUUCGAGUACUUUGCUCCAGACUUCACCCUCCACCCAGAUGUCAGUACAAGAAUUGAGAACCAGAACUCUAGACAGUACUUGGAUCAAAUCAGACAGACAAUAUUUGAGAAUCUGAAAAUGCUGAACCAUGCUCCCAGUGUCCAGAUCCAUGAUGUUCCUUCUGACCUGCUCAGUUAUGAUCGUGCAGACGAGCCUGAUCCAGAGGAGAGAGGCUCUGAGGAGAACUACAACAGGCCUGAGGCUUCUAAUGAGUUCUAUGAUGGUGACCACGAUAAUGAUAAAGAAAGUGAUGUCGAGAUCUGAGGGCUGAGUUGUUGGACUCUGAACUGUGGGGCGGUCCCUAUUAAGACGUUGGUGCUUGGUGGAGAUGACUGGGAUACACAUGAGCCAGUAAAAGGUCUCUUUUUGGACCUCCCCUUUAUAUUUGACGCAUGUGGCAGCAGGAGCAGCGUUGCCGGGGCAGGCUGGCUACCUAUGGAGGCACAGAGCAGUGAAACCUGUUCCUUACCCUCUCCAAUCCCUCAGGGCUCUGACUCUCAUCAGUAGGGCAAAUGGAAAUUCAUGUGACACUUGGAUCCACACCAUGGUCUCUGUGCUGCUGCCAUACAACCAGUUUCAGAGCCCAGUCUGCAGUGGCUUCACCAGCUCCUCUCAGUACAGCUCAGGCUCCAGCCAGAGA